CCUCAGGUGGCUCGACAUGUGGGGGUGGGGGGGUUCUGCUCUCAGGACACCAGCCUUCCUGGCUCUACCUGAUGGAGCUCGGACAGGCCCCAGGGAAUACCCUCUGGCUGCUGCACCACCAGUGGUCGCCCAGGAGCCGCCUCAGUGGCUGAUUUGCGCCGGUGCUGGUGUGUUUGCUUCAGCUGCUGCAGGCCAUCCCCUCCGCCUGACGCUGUCCCCCACUUCCAAUACAGCCAGUGAGAUUCAGAGCCCAGACACAGGCGAGAAGGAGUUCUUCAAUCCAGUGCUCAAUGAAAACCAGAAGCUGGCUGUGAGGAGAAUCCUGAGUGGGGACUGCCGCCCGCUUCCGUACAUUCUUUUCGGACCUCCUGGAACUGGGAAGACAGUGACCAUAAUAGAGGCAGUUUUACAGGUGUACCACGCCCUCCCGGACAGUCGGGUCCUGAUCUGUGCGCCCUCCAACAGCGCCGCAGACCUGGUGUGUCUGCGGCUGCACGAGAGCUGGGCGCUGCGGCCGGGCACCAUGGUCCGCGUGAACGCCACUUGCAGAUUUGAGGAGACAGCCAGCCCUGCCAUCCGGCCGUACUGCAGAGACGGGGAGGACAUCUGGAAAGCCUCACGCUUCCGGAUCAUAGUCACCACGUGCAGCAGCGCCGGACUCUUCUACCAAAUCGGGGUGAGAGUCGGACACUUCACGCACGUGUUUGUGGACGAAGCGGGGCAGGCCAGCGAACCCGAAUGCCUCAUCCCUCUGGGGCUGGUUUCAGAAGUCAGUGGCCAGAUCAUCCUGGCCGGAGACCCCAUGCAGCUCGGUCCUGUCAUCAAGUCCAGACUCGCCCUGGCCUACGGGCUGAACGUGUCCAUGCUGGAGAGGCUGAUGUCCCGGCCAGUAUACCUGAGAGACGAGGAUGCCUUCGGCGCUUGUGGCGCCUACAACCCCUUGCUGGUCACGAAGCUCGUGAAGAACUACAGGUCCCACGCGGCCCUGCUGGCACUGCCCUCCAGACUGUUCUACCACAGAGAGCUCGAGGUCUGCGCAGACCCCAAGGUCACCACUUCCUUGCUGGGCUGGGAGAAGCUGCCGAAGAAAUCCUUCCCCCUCCUCUUCCACGGCGUGCGGGGCAGCGAAGCUCGUGAGGGGAGAAGCCCGUCGUGGUUCAACCCGGCUGAAGCCGUGCAGGUCAUGCGUUACUGCUGCCUCCUGGUCAGGAGCGCCUCCAGCCAGGUGUCUGCCUGCGACAUCGGCGUGAUCACGCCCUACCGGAAGCAGGUGGAGAAAAUCAAAAUUCUUCUGAGGAAUGUGGACCUGAUGGACAUAAAGGUCGGGUCGGUGGAGGAGUUCCAAGGACAGGAGUACUUGGUCAUCGUCAUCUCCACCGUGCGGUCAAAUGAAAAUAGAUUUGAAGACGACAGAUACUUUUUGGGUUUCUUGUCCAACUCGAAAAGAUUUAACGUGGCCAUCACCAGACCCAAAGCCCUGCUGAUAGUGGUGGGGAACCCUCACGUUCUAGUCAAAGACCCCUGCUUCGGCGCCUUGCUGGAGCACAGCGUCACAAAUGGCGUGUACACGGGGUGUGACCUGCCGCCUGAACUGCAGGACCUGCAGGGCUGUGGCUAGAACUGCGGCCUACCCUCCCCGCCCAGCGGAGCCAGGACCCAAGGCACCAGGGCAGAGUUUGUGUGGAGCUUCCUGUUGGCGGGACAGUGGGGAGGCAGCACACCAGACCCCCAGGAGCUGCUGUCUGCUGUGGA